GUUUAAUUUACAUUGUAAAUAUAAAAACGCAUUCAAGUUGCCAAGAAAAAAUACAACAAAAUUCGUUUCCAUCAUAUUUUUUGUGGAUUAAGAGGUUUUGAUUGCCGAGAAGCAUGGAACAUACAAAAAUAUUGCAGGGAUUAUGCCUACUCAUUUGUUCUUUGAUUAUACUAAAUGGCAAAGCUGUAAUUGGACAACAAAAUGACAUGGUUGAUUUAACUAUUCUUGAAAGUGCAGUGUCAAAAGGAGCUGUUUGUUUGGAUGGAACUCCACCGGGAUACUAUUUUGACGAGGGACAUGGAGAAGGAGCCAAUAAUUGGAUUAUCUACUUUUUGGGAGGAGAAUGGUGUUAUAAUGUGACAAAUUGCCUUGAUCGUGCAAAAACAAAAAGAGGUUCAUCCAAAUUUGCUGACAAGCAAACACCAUUUUAUGGAAUGCUUAGCAAUAAUAAAACAAUGAAUCCAGAUUUCUAUAAUUGGAAUAGAGUCAUUGUUACUUAUUGUGAUGGAUCAUCAUUCACGGGAGACGUCGAAGAAGUUGAUCUGGCUACUAAUCUUCAUUUUAGAGGUGCAAGAAUUUUCCAUGCCAUGAUCGAGCAUUUCUUGGCAAAAGGAAUGAAGGACGCUAAAAAUGCUAUUCUCACAGGUGGAUCUGCUGGAGGACUGCCUGCUUUAAUCCACUGUGAUCGCUUUCGAGCUCUACUUCCCAACACACCUAGAGUAAAAUGCCUCGCUGAUGGUAGCUAUUUUCUUCAUCGGAAAAACAAUAAGGAAAUGUCAUUCAUGGAAACUGUCAAUGAAGGACUCAUUAAUUUACAUCAUUCAGCCAAGAUGUUACCUGAUUCCUGCACUUCAAAAAUGAAACCAUCAUUGUGCCUUUUUCCACAAUAUUUUCAAGAUGGAAUCAAGACGCCAAUUUUCAUAGUCAACUCAAUGUUUGACACCUACCAGAUAAACGUAACUUUUCCUAGUUAUUAUUACUUGGACCUUCUUAAUAAUACAUGCCCAGCUUAUGUUGCUAAAGCGUUACAAGAUUUCAAACAGGAUUUUUUAAGUACAUUACCCAAACAAUGUAAUACUUCAUCAAGAGGAAUGUUUAUAGACGCUUGCUUAUUUCAUGCCCACACAAUACGUGGCAAUAUUUGGAAUGCACUCUCCAUAAAUGAUAAGACAAUUGCAAAGGCAUUUAGCGAUUGGUACUUCGACAAAAGUCCUGUCCAAUUGAUCGAGAAUAAGGAUUUGCCACUAAAUUGUUACCAAUUCCCCUUAAAGACAAGUCCUUGCUCCUAA